AUGUCUGCAAGGGACUUUCCAGACACUCCCGGAGGCGUCCAGGUUAAACUACUGGGAACAAGUAUGAUUCGAGAGUCAUUAUUCCUGCUCCAAAAUGCUAUAAGCACCCUGGUAGUCCACGGCUUAGCAAAGGAUCACGAAGGACGGGCAGUACCUCUCGUGUUCACUUCCGCUCCUUCUGAAAUGCAAGAUGGUGUCUGUUUCCACACGACCGGACCCGGCUUGCAAGCUACAUUGCCAGAGCGGCCACCAUCAGCCCUGUCACCCCCAGCCGACGGCGUGCUGGACAUGUCCAUCGCAGACCAGCUUGGCGCAGGCCGCAUCGGCUGUGUGUACGCCGUCAGUGUGUCUUACUGCUCGGUACCAGCCAAGGUUCCACCACUCGUUGUGAAAGUGACCAGCCGCGACCGCUGCGACGAACUGGCGAAGGAAGCAUGGGUCUACGAAGAGCUUGAUGAGUGUCUGCAGGGCGUGAGCAUCCCGCGCUGCUACGGGCGCUUCCUCGCAGAGCUUCCCCCGCGAGUCGACGUGCUCUCCUGGAAGCGGCGCGGCACGACGAAGCUGCCCAUAUCUAUCGUCCUCCUGGAACGCCUCGGAGACAAGCUUCCGCUCGGCGAGCCGAUCCCGCAAAAAAUCAAGGACGAUCUCUGGGGCGCGGUUAGGGAUAUAGCGCAGAUGGGUGUCCGUAACCCAGCCCUGUGCUACAACGACGUCCUAUUGGCCCCGCCAUCGCCACCUGGCCUUCUCCUCACUCGCGCCGCACGUAUGAUCUACGACUCGUAG